CCUUUUUAGCAACAUUCACGUUAUCGUGCGCCUUCCUACUUAUAAAUCCUUCUGGGUCCUUCUUCCCCUUUUUGUAUAGUACUCCAUCUGCUUUGAUCACUAUAAACCAAACCUUUGAAAAUUCUCAAUCUCUCAUCACUCUGAUAUUUAUUUCGAUUACUCAGGAAGCGUAAUGGCGACAAAGAGGAGUGUUGGUGAUCUGAAGGAAGGCGAUUUGAAGGGGAAGAAGGUGUUUGUGAGGGUUGAUCUGAACGUUCCUUUGGACGACAAUCUCAACAUCACCGAUGAUACCAGAGUCCGAGCUGCUGUUCCCACCAUCAAGUACUUGAUGGGUCACGGCGCUAAAGUCAUCCUCUCUUCUCAUCUGGGGCGGCCAAAGGGUGUCACACCAAAGUACAGCUUGAAGCCUCUUGUGCCAAGGCUGUCUGAACUCCUUGGAGUUGAGGUCAAGAUGGCAAAUGAUUGUAUUGGUCAAGAUGUUGAAAAAAUGGUGGCUGAAAUUCCUGAAGGGGGUGUUCUGCUACUGGAGAAUGUUAGGUUUUACAAAGAGGAAGAGAAGAAUGAUCCAGAAUUUGCAAAGAAGUUAGCAUCCCUUGCGGACCUGUAUGUUAACGAUGCAUUUGGCACUGCUCAUAGAGCCCAUGCUUCCACAGAGGGAGUGGCCAAGUUCUUGAAGCCUUCUGUUGCUGGAUUCCUUAUGCAGAAGGAACUUGACUAUCUAGUUGGAGCUGUGUCGAAUCCCAAGAGGCCAUUUGCUGCAAUUGUUGGUGGCUCUAAGGUAUCAAGCAAGAUUGGCGUGAUCGAGUCAUUAUUGGGAAAGGUUGAUAUCCUCUUGCUGGGUGGUGGGAUGAUUUUUACCUUUUACAAGGCCCAAGGGCACUCAGUUGGAUCAUCACUUGUGGAGGAAGACAAGCUUGAUCUUGCAACAUCACUUCUUGAGAAGGCCAAGUCUAAAGGGGUGUCUCUACUGCUUCCUUCUGACGUGGUUAUUGCUGACAAGUUUGCUCCUGAUGCCAACAGCAAGAUUGUCCCAGCAUCUGCUAUCCCUGAUGGAUGGAUGGGAUUGGAUAUUGGUCCGGAUUCCAUCAAAACAUUCAGCGAAUCUUUGGAUACUACAAAGACCAUCAUUUGGAAUGGACCUAUGGGUGUGUUCGAGUUUGAGAAGUUUGCAGCUGGAACAGAGGCAAUAGCAAAGAAGUUGGCAGAACUCAGUGGCAAGGGGGUGACAACAAUCAUUGGAGGAGGCGACUCCGUUGCAGCUGUUGAGAAGGUUGGGCUUGCAGAGAAGAUGAGCCACAUCUCAACCGGCGGUGGUGCCAGCUUGGAGCUUCUCGAGGGCAAACCACUUCCCGGAGUUCUUGCCCUUAACGAUGCUUGAUCCAAGUUUUGUCCCUCUAUUUCCUUUUGUGUGCACCCUUGUUACCCUUAAAUGUGUGGGUUUUUAAUCAGAGAGGAUCUAUAUCUCACUAUAGAGCUGAGCUUGUAGAGUUUAGAUUUGAAUAAGCAAAUCAAGGACGUGGUUAAAUUACUCAUUGAUGAUGAGUCUGAAUCUUCUCUAUUUUGAAACAAUAUAGUACUCUUGAUGUUUCCAUUCAAGAAGUUUUAGCUA